AUGACUAAAUAUAGAGGAUGUAUCGAUAUACAUUCGGGCAAGGUGAAACAAAUUGUUGGAGGAACCCUCAAGCUGGAUGACAUCAUACACGACGACAAUACUACAGAAAAUUUUGUGUCAACUAAACCUUCGACAUACUUUGCAAAUUUAUAUAAAGAAUCUGGUAUCACAGGGUGCCAUGUGAUUAAGCUAGGGUCAAAUCCCGCUAAUGAGGAGGCAGCAAAAUUAGCAUGUAAAGCUUGGCCCCACGGAUUGCAAAUUGGUGGAGGAAUAAACAGUGACAACGCUGUUGAGUGGUUGGAAAAGUAUAUGGCAUCGCAUGUUAUUGUCACAAGUUGGCUUUUCAAGGAUUCAGAUGCCGGUAAAAAAGAAUUUGAUUGGGACAGGCUCAGUUUACUCUCAAAAUUGGUAGGAAAAGAUAGGUUGAUAGUUGAUUUGAGUUGUAGAACGAUAUACGAGAAGGAUGAGAAAAAGUGGGUAGUUGCAAUUAAUAAGUGGCAGACAUUGACUGACGUCACAUUAUCAAAAGUCUUCUUAGACAAAGUUUCUUUCUUCUGUGAUGAAUUUUUGAUCCAUGCUGCCGAUGUUGAAGGCUUAUGUCAAGGUAUAGAUGAGCAGCUUGUAUCUAGCUUAGGAAAAUGGUGCCCUCGAGGAUUUGAAGGUAGAAUAGUGUAUGCUGGUGGAGCCAAGCUGGUUGAUGACCUAGAUUUGGUCAAAGAAUUGAGCGAGAAUAAGGUUGAUUUAUCAUUUGGAAGUGCAUUAGAUAUAUUCGGAGGAUCGCAAGUCAAGUUCGAUGAGCUUGUAAAUUGGAAUAAAUUGAAUUCAAAAUAG